UCGUGAUGGCACUGUUGCUGUAUGGGAUUUAAGAAUAGGACAAGAACUUUGGAGAGGACAUGACAGACACUCUGUUUCGCUCUGUGAGGUUGAUAAUGAGUAUCUUAUUGUUGCACACAUUCCUUCAGUUCAACCUCUCAAUACUAAUGGGAGCCCACAACAUUCAAGGCAGUGUGGUGCCGUCAGAAUGUAUGAUUUUUCAGCUGAUUUGUCUGAUUAUGCUAAAAAGCUGCCAUCAAUCUGUUCCUCAUCUUACGAUGAACCAUCAGCAUCAUUUUAUAAUCUAAACCUUUUAUACCCUUAUGAUAUAAUUCAAUAAUAAUAGAUCUGACUUAUGUAUUAAAGCCCCAGCUAAUAUUUUUUUAAAUAGUCUGGCACUAUUAAUUUGCAUACCUUCUGUAGAGUACCUGCAUAUAUUGAAAUACCAUUAAAUUUUA